GAUGAUAACGAAAUCAAAAAACAAUACUUGGAAGCCGAUAAAAUUAAACUUAACAUUGAAUCAACUAAACAUCCAAAUAACAUGUACACCAGAAACCGUCAUUCCCAUUCCGGCACCGUAUGGGAAGAUGAAGACAAUACAAAAGAUGAAAUGUCAUGGGAUGAUGUUGAAGAGGAAGAAGACGGUGAAGAUAAAAGUGAUAGUGAAUUUGAUGAACCAGAAAGAUAUGAAGUUGAAAGUGUGAUCUCACGUAAAGUUGAGAAUGGCAAAGAAAAAUUCUUGAUUCAAUGGAAAGGAUAUUCGAAACCAACCUGGGAACCACGCGAAAACUUAGACGAUUGUGCCAUUCUCCUCGAUUCAUUUUACAAAGUAGCCAAAGAUACUGAACCUGAACCAAGUACACCUACAGGUGUUCCGACUGACGAUGAUUUCAAACAAAAAUUAUUGGAAGCUCAUCAAUCUAGUAUGCACUUAAAUAUCGAACUUUAUGAUAAGCUUAUCCUAAAACGUGGUAUUAAGGAUACUGGUGACAUUGGUCCAAAAAUUGAAAAUGUUCCUAUGGUUUCUUUUGGCGGACUAACCAGACAGAAUAGUACUAGUUCUAGUAAUUCUAGAGGUGUAUGA